AGAUUUCCAAAAUUCCUCCAGAAGUGCUUCAGGCUCUGAUGAGGUUGCUCUCACAAGCAAAUCUGUCACAACAAAAGCUAAGCUCGAGCACUGGUGUAGCAGCUCUUUCCGAGGAGUCCAAGAAGGAUACAACCAAAUCUAAGAAUAAAAUAGACAGAAUGAAUGAGGAGCAGAAAGAAGAGGUCAUUGAAAUGCAGGAUUUCUUGCCAAAUGAAAAUCCCACUGAUGAACAGAUCGAGCUGAUCAUAGGAUCAAGGGGUCCUAGUUACCAAUGAAUGAUGAAUUCUAGCUCUCAUAAUGAGAACCCUAUCCAUCUUUAUAGCUCCGUACUUCAUUUGAGAGGGGAAGAAGUCACUCAUCAACCUUUCACUGAUGAUCUUGGCAACCUGUUCCAGUACAAUGGUGAGAUCUUUAGAAUCCAAGGCGAUAAUGAGCAUGAUUUCGACCUUAUUACUCAAAAUGAUGGACAACAGCUAUUCAAAAUAAUGACCCAGCUCUCACAAGAGCUUCAUUCACAAAAGAUUUCAUUCUAUGAAUACCAGAAAAAGUUUGAGAAAUUGUUCUUCAACUCUCUUGAAGGUGAUUUCGCCCUGUGCUAUUUUGAUGAUCUGAACCAAAUUCUUAUCCUCACAAGGGAUAUGUUUGGUAAAAGAAGUCUCUUGGUAGGAUUAUCGGAAGAAGAGUCAAAGCUAACAGUUAUGUCAACUUCUGUCUUCCCAUCGAAUCAUAAGGUUUACGAAGUCCCUGCAAAUUCAAUUCUCUUCAUAGCUACUUCUGAAGGAACUGGAGUACCUGAAAACUGAGAAGACAUGAACCAGUUUUUCUGUUUCGCUGUGAAUCAUAGUGUCAAUUACGACGUCUCCCCAUCCUUGAUCAGGUGGGAGCAGGAGAUAUUCACAUCUGAAGACAGCGAACUUACUUUUGAAGACUCUUUGGAGUUAGUCCAUCAAUCUCUCCUUCAAAGUGUCAGACAGAGAUUUGAAAGUAUUCCUGAAGUUGUGUUCAAAAAUCCUUCUCAGGAAGAAUCCAAAGAAAUAGAAUAUCAGGAGACUCAAAGUGAAGUAGCAGUCCUAUUUUCAGGAGGAAUCGACUCGACUCUCCUCGCUGCACUGAUAUGAGAGGUUUGCCAAGAUAACAAAAAUGAAGGGACUCCAAAAGUUUCCUCUAUCGAUCUGUUGACUAUUUGCUUCGGAAGAAAUUCAUCAGAUUUGCUAACAUCUAUAAUCUCAUAUCACCAGCUUUGUCAAAAAUUUCCUACAGUAAAACUAAACUUGAUCAUAAUUGAAAAAACCCAGAAAGAUAUAGAGCUUCUCGAAAGUGGAGGAAAUUACACACUGAAACAGUUAAUCCAUCCAAAGAGUUCUCACAUGGAUUUCAACAUUGCAUGUGCCCUUCACCUGGCAAGCCAGGGUAAGGGGAAAAUUUUGGAUUCAGAGGCAUUCUUCUCACAAGAUUUUUUCCAAGAAGUCAUUGAAGCAGUCUCUAAAUCCUGAAUUGAAAAAGAAGAAGAAAAGGCAGAGGAAAAUCCAGAAGGUAGCAAGAAGUCCUAUGACUCUAAUAUGAUCACCAAGGUGAUCGAGAAGAACCUUGAUCUCCAGAAUUUAGAAGACUACUUUCUUCCUGGUGUAUUUAAUAGUAGCGCGAAGGUUCUCAUGAGCGGCCUAGGCGCUGAUGAAGUCUUUGGAGGAUACGCAAGAUAUUCUACAGCAUCUAAAAGAUCAAUGAAAGACCUUCAGGAUGAAAUCUCAUUGGAUUUAGAUCGUCUCUGGGAAAGAAACUUUGGAAGAGAUGAUAGAGCGAUUAGCUCAACUGGCAAAGAAUGAAGAUAUCCCUUCCUAGAUAAAAAUAUCCUGAAGACUGCCAGUCAAAUCCCAAUUGAUUACAUCUGUGAUUUUACAAUGCCAAGGGGGAUUGGAGAGAAAAGAAUCCUCAGAAAAUUGGCACAAUCCCUGAAUCUCAAUCUUGUGCAGCAUUUUGAAAAGAGAGCCAUCCAGUUCGGAACCAGAAUAGCUAAAAUCUCAAAUAAGGCGAAAUUCGGAUCAAAUAGAAAAGCUAAUGGGGUUGCUCAGUACGUAUAAAGUUUCAAUAUCAA